GUAACAAUGGAGCAGAAAAUGGCCGCCUGAGCGGGCAGGAGGCGGCGCGGCGGCGGAGCGGCACGGGCGGAGCGCGGACAGCCGGCACCCAGCCCCGAGCGGCGCGGGCAGCGGCGCACCCACAGCCGGGGGGGCGGCGGCGGGCGGCGGCGGCGGGCGGUACUCUUCCACUCAUCAAGAUGGAAAGCUCAGAUUCUAGUGACAAAGGAAGUAUUGAUCAAUCAGAAGCCCAACGGCAGAGCCAGCUGGAUCGGUUAGAUCGAGAAGAAGCUUUCUAUCAGUUUGUGAACAACCUGAGUGAAGAGGACUACAGGCUUAUGAGAGAUAACAAUUUGCUAGGAACACCAGGUGAAAUUACUGAAGAAGAGUUGCUGAGAAGGCUACACCAAGUUAAAGAAGGUCCGCCACAGCAAAACAGUGAUGAGAAUAGAGGUGCAGAGUCCGCAGAAGAUGUUUCAAAUGGAGAUUCUAUAAUAGACUGGCUUAAUUCAGUCCGACAGACUGGAAAUACAACACGAAGUGGGCAGCGAGGAAACCAGUCCUGGAGAGCAGUGAGCCGGACUAACCCAAAUAGCGGCGACUUCAGAUUCAGUUUGGAAAUAAAUGUCAACCGUAAUAAUGGGAACACGAAUCCAGAAACUGAGAAUGAGCCAUCUGUAGAGCCUUCCAAUGGGGAGGAUUUGGAAAACAGCCAAAGUGACUCUGAAAUUCCAAGGUCUGAAUCACCAUCUGUAAGGCAGCCUGGAUCAGAAAGGAGCAGUGCGGAGGAGCUGACAGCUGAGGAGGCUUCCCCUCCUAGAGGGCAGAGGAGAGCCAGGAGUAGGAGUCCAGAACAGCGGCGGACGCGGGCUAGGACUGAUAGAAGUAGGUCACCUAUUAAUGCAGUGAGUGAGGCCCCUCGCAGGUCUCAUCACAACACAUCAUCUCAAACACUCGACCACUCCUCAGCGAGCGAGGCUGAGGGCAGCUCUAGAACCAGGCAGCACGUGACGUUAAGGCAGCACACAGUGGGGACUGAGUUGCCAAGCGAAAACGCAGUUCUGUUUUCCCCCCCUGAAACGAGGCCUGCUCCUCAAGCAGCAGGUUCUUCAGAAACCACCAGCACCAGUGAGUCCACGGCUCCUGGGCAGAGGCCUCCCACCAUAGUGCUUGACCUGCAGGUGAGAAGAGUUCGCCCGGGCGAGUACCGGCAGAGGGACAGCAUAGCCAACAGGACCCGCUCGCGGUCCCAGACCCCCAACAACACGGUCACCUACGAGAGCGAGCGCGGAGGCUUCCGGCGCACCUUCUCCCGCUCCGAGCGCGCAGGGGUGAGAACUUACGUCAGCACCAUCAGGAUCCCCAUCCGCAGGAUCCUGAACACGGGCCUGAGCGAGACCACGUCGGUCGCCAUCCAGACCAUGCUGAGGCAGAUCAUGACAGGCUUCGGGGAGCUCAGCUACUUCAUGUACAGCGACAGCGAUGCAGAUUCCAGCGGGUCAGCUCCCAGUCACAACGUGGAGACUUCCGAGCCGCAGAGCGGAGGCGGGGCCGCCUCGGGCAAUGAGAAUGCAGAUGUUAGCUCAGGGGAGGUGUACGAGGGUGGGCACGAGGCUAGCUCAACAUCUGGUGCCAGGCGGGAAGGCCGGAAUAUGAGGGGAUCGGUCACUUUUGAAGAAAGUGGUUCUCUACCAUUCCUUAGCCUUGCACAAUUUUUCCUACUCAACGAAGACGACGAUGACCAACCAAGAGGACUCACCAAAGAACAAAUUGACAACCUAGCCAUGAGGAAUUUUGGUGAGAGCGACGCUCUGAAAACCUGCAGCGUGUGCAUCACAGAGUACACGGAGGGCAACAAGCUGCGCAAGCUGCCGUGCUCGCACGAGUACCACGUGCACUGCAUCGACCGCUGGCUCUCGGAGAACUCCACCUGCCCCAUCUGCCGCAGGGCCGUCCUUGCCUCUGGCAACAGGGAGAGCGUGGUCUAAAGCAGAGCUGGGCCAGUGGCCAGGCAGCUGGUGUGAUAGUGAUGGGCAAAGAAGUCACUUCCUUUAUGGCCACUUUUUGAGUGGUACCUCAGUGUAUAGUAAUGACUCGGAGUGAAUCUUCCCUCAUGAAAGCAUUUUCUCUGGAUUCAAGCUUUGGGAAUUGGAAAAUUUCUUUAAUUAGGUUUUUCGAGUUCUAGUCGGUUUGGGUGUUCAAUUUCACUUGUCCAAAGACAACUCCCCGUCUCAAAAUAUUUUUUUCUUUGUGAAGAUAUUAAGUUCUUUCUCCUUCCCAGCCCUUGCCAUCCCAGUCCAAUAAACAAUUUGUCCUCAAGAUUGUGCUUCUGAGGAGUUAUUUGAGAAGUUAUCCCAGCUCAGUGUCCAUGAGUCAUAGAGGAAUUUUUGCAAGAAAUCCAACUCUCUGAAAAAAUAAUAUUAAUUUAAUUGCACAUUUGAACAUACUUUUAAUUUUCCUCCUGGGUUAAUAUUGGACAUGUCUGUAAAUAACACUAAUGUUAGCCCUUUCCCCAUCACUAUGGCACGCUGUAGGAUGAGCUGUUAGCGUAAUUGGGAUAUUUAUCUUGUUGUGGAAAUAUAAGAAUUGCCUAUGCUUGUUUAAAUAAAGGAAAAAAAAUCUGUUUUAAAAUUGUAAAGCUUUUUUGUAGAAGCUCAGUACUUUUCCAAUGCACUGUUGUACUAACGCAUUAAGAAUUAAAAUUGUACCAUGCUUAGAAAUCAAGAACGCUUUUCAUACAAACCCAACUACACAGAGAGCAAACUGAACACGAGAGAGCUGCUUUUGUGACUGUGUACCUGUCAGGAGCAGUGCAUAUCUGUACUAUUCAUGUGAACAGCUACUGUAACAUAAAAACAGUUGGAUUAGACAUUUAAUUGCAUUUUAAAAAUCAGAAAUUAAAUGUUAUAGUUGCACUGUUUCGGCUCAGUAAUGCCACCAAAAAAAAAAGAUGAUAAAAAUUAGAAACCAUUCUAAUGGCUGGUUCUUUCUUGAUAUGGUUGCAAAUAUGGAAUAAUACAAACCUGUGUGUACUGGCUUGUUCACUGAGGUUUGUACCCAAUUUUUCUAUCAGCUUUUCCUCUCAAUUUUUGAGGCAAUGUUGUAACUUCAGCAAACGAGGAUGGGUAGGUUGGUUUUUAGUUCUUCACAAGCUUCAACUGUACUGGUAACCUCUGGACGUGUUGAGUGCUCUGGUGUUGGUAGCCUGUGGUGCAAGUGCCUCAGGGAAUAAAUGGAAAGCACAUCAUUAGUAUUGGGUUACAUUUUAAAAUGAGUGCACUUAAAUGUGUAGGAGAUUCUUGUGACUAACAGUAAAAACCCAACAAACUCUUUAUAUUCCUAUUGGACAGAAGGAAAAUUAAUUACUUUCAAAAUUAUGUACAUUACCUGUUGCAGUUCAGAAUUGGAGAAUGUACCUCAACUCCCAUCAGAGUGUAUGUGUGGGGAAACAUCCUUAAUUCUCACUGACCCCCUUGUUUGUUUUAUUUUCUAAAGUUUUGGGUUUUUCCUGGCUUACAUAUGCAGCAGGAAAGUGGUUUUUAUUUAUUUCCUCUCCAGGGCAGUAGUUUGAAGGGAUAUGAGCUGCUCUUGCUGGCUGGAUGGGAAAUGUUGCUUGCUCCUCAGAUGACAAAACCAAAGCUGGCCUAUCUCUUUUUUCCUAAUUAAAACACAUUUUUGGUGUUUUAUAAUGGUGGGUGCAUAAACUAUAAUCACUGCUCUAAGCCAUUUUAACAUCUCAUCAGCUGGUUCAGGAUUCCACAGCAUCCCAGAAUUUUGGGUUAUUUUUCUCCACGUGCAUUUUGUGCUGUUGUUUCAGUGGGAAGCCCUGACUGGCUGCUGAGCUCGCUUUCCUCCUGGUGGGACACGCCAUCGUGGCAGAGGGAACACGAGGGUUCUUUGGGAGCAGAACAGGCAGCUCACGGGUUUGGCUUUUUCCUUGGACACACAUCACUGUAAAAUUGGAACUGGCUGUUGAUUCUGGGUGCUGUCUUCUCUGUGCCAAAAUUUCACAGCAAAAUAACACUUCUGAAUUUCACAGAGCAAAUACUCGCUCUCAGUUGCGGUUUCCAGAAUUACAGAGUGUAGAAUUAGAAGGAAAAAAACCCUCUCUACGUGAGUACCAUGUUGGAUGUUGGAAAUCAGAGAUGUUCAUCUCAGACUAGAGCUGGUGACCACCAGGAAGGGAGCCCAUUUUCCCAAACCCACGCAAAGCAUGGCUGUGGUACCUGUCCUUUUCCAUGGAAUUUUCACCUUGCUAGAACCGCCCCAGAACAACAGUUUUGUUAUAGCUUAUGGCAUGUCUUAACAUUUAAUCUUUCUGUAACAAGAGCAACUAAUAAAAUCUUGGAGGUUUCCCAAAUGGUACCAAGAACAAAUAAUUUAAUCUCAGUUUCAGAGACGUUGAUCGUUCUCCAUGGUUCCUCUGCCUUUCGCAGCGCUGUGUGUGCUAAAGGGGCUGGGGGCUCAUUGUCUGCAGCAAGAACUUCUUUAUGUAGCUCAGUUAAUUAGGGUAAUUAAAUUUCUAUUUAUCUAAAUUUAGAUUGGAGUUAGGAAAAGCCAAUAUUAACAUUUCAGUUGCUUACAAAAUGUGAAACACUUUCAUAAUUAAGACUAAUUUACAUUUCAUGAAUUAUUUUGAUAGUGAACAUGUGUAUUUAGCUCUUCGCUUAGUUUUGGGGUUUUUUUUUGUAUUUCUGGAGAGACAGCAUUUUCACUCGUGCCUGGAGGGGUGUGAAGGGUUAAAAGGGCGAGUUUUGGCACGUUCCUGGGGCUGAUUUCUGGGAAUGAUGGCUUUGGAGAGGCAGAGUGCGCUGUGGCCUGGGUCACAGUGCCACCGUGUGGGAUCUGCCUUCAGCACCAGCGGCAUUCCUUGCAGGAUCAGCAGCUUUUAUUUUGAUUCCGAAGGAUUCUCCUUAUCAUUUCGAGUGGUUACCAUGGGUUUUUUUCCCAAAUGUCCAAACUCCUGCUGGGAAUACCUGGUGCGUGAGCUUCAUUCCUUUCUGACAGGACAGACCCCUGCCCACAGCAGUGACAGUGCUCACCGGGCCAAAGCCUUGUGACAAACACAGUUUUAAUAAUUACAUUAGUUACGAGUUGCUGUUGGUUCACAGUUUAAUUCACAUUGUGAAUAAACACAAACUUGGGGGUGCUCACUUUAUUUAUUUUUUUUUUUCGGGUGGGAGGGCUUUAUCUGUGAAAAGUCUGAAUUCCUAGUGCUGAUUGGACUUCCCUUUCACGUGCAUAUUUUUUAUUUCUUCAAACAAGUUGGGUUUUUUGCGGAUAACUUGGAUGCAGUUGAGUUGUUUUAAAACCGCUUUGAUUGUGUAGGUACUUUGUGCAUAGAAAUAGGGAAUUUUAAGGGCCUUUUGUAGGAAGCGUGCAGGCGCAGCAGCUGCCGGACACAACACCCACCCUGAUUGUCCAUUGUGUCCCCUGCAGACGAAGGGCUUUCCCACCAGAGCUGGCACAAUGGCUCAUAAUGAGUGUCACCCCCGUUUCCUGUCACUCGGCUGGGUUAUGCAAAUGUGGACUCCAAGGGCCCCUUUCCCGGGUGGGCCCAGGGUGGAUGAAGUUGCCCCACAACCCCGUGGUCUCGCCACAGCAGUGAGGGGAUGGAUGAGGCAGGGUGAGGAGAGCUGCAGGUGAGGCUGAGGGGGGUUCUGAGCCUCCACACCUCCAUCCCUCAUUGUGUGACCCCUCCUGUGGGAUCCGUGUGUCCGUGGGGGCCGUGUCCUUCUCUAGGAAGGGGUCUGGGGAGCCCAGGAGCAGCCCAGCUGUCGGAAAUGUCUGCCUGCUCCUCUGCCUUCUCCCAGGAGGAGGAGCUUUGGAUGAAGCUUGGCUUGGAGCCACAUGGAGGAAUUUACAACAACUUCAGAAAUAUUUCCAGCCCUUAUGUACAGUGGGCUUUUUGUUUGUCCUCGACUCGGGGGGGGAAGCAGGAGGCUGAAGAGACACAAUUAAUGGUAACGUACCCAAAGUACUAAUAAGUGGUGGUGUGUUAAAAAAAGAGGUUUGCAUCUGUUAUACCAGGGCUUCCCAACCUCUCAGAUCAACUGUAUCUCUUUUGUCUUAUGGGGAAACAUAACAUUGAAUUUAUUUGAUUUAUAUCUGGUUUUAUUCCCUUUAGCUACAAUAUUUGAGCCCCUUUCUGAAUUUCACUCUGCUGGGAAGGCUGUUGGUUGGGAAGCCCUGAAUUCCACUGUGAAUGUAACACUUUUCUUUAUUAUUUUUUCCCUUUUUAAUUUUUUUUAACAGUGCUUUACAUUUGUUUAUACUGGACUUGUUUAAUACAAACUGGUACUCAGAGGUUGUUGGACACAGUUUGACCAGGUUUGCCAGCUAACACUUAGGAGGAGUUUGUUCCCUAUGUAAGGUGUUAUAAUGCAAAUCUAAAUAGACUCAAUAAAAUGCAUGAAGUGUU